AUGGAAGCUACUCUCUCAGUUCUUUGUUCUUCCUUACAGGAAAUCACCACCCAGUUGUCAGGACCUUUACACUCCGAGGUUCAGGCAUCCCUUCACGAUCAUAGCGAGGGAAAUUUACCAGACGCCAAGUUGGGACAAUUGGCCGCCCGCACCAUUGAUCUACUGCACCAGGUCGAGCAACUGCUGGAGCCAUCUUCGGUGGUGCUAGCGGACCACUUCCUUGGCUAUCUCAAUACGAAAUGUCUCUGUGCCGCUGUCGAACUGCGCAUACCGAACCUCCUCGCCCAAGGACCUCAAAGCGUGGCAGAAGUGGCGAGACUGUCAGGGGCCAGGGAGGAUCGUCUGCGACAGGUGCUCCGACUGCUUCACAAUAACGGAAUCUUUGCGUACGACCCGCAGAAGGACGAAUAUCGCAACAGCCACACGUCCGAGUUGCUGACCACCGACCACUGGACCCAAUGGCACAACUGGGUGGAUCUCUACGGGAAUGAAUUCUACGAUAUGGCGCGCGGGAUUCCCGCCUCGGUGCGCAAGGAAGCCAUCCGGACUCCAGCGCAGAUCCAAUUUGUCACCGACCAGAACAUGUUUGAUUAUUUUACGGCCCGCGGAUGGCUUCCGCGCCUGCACCGGACCCUCGGUGGGGGAGCAACCGCCCAAGCGCCCGGCAUCCUGGCUGAUUACUCCUGGGAGGAAUUCAGUGGCAAAGCGUUUCUCGACGUCGGAGGCGGCCAGGGCGCUCUGGUGGCUAUGAUUCUGAGACGGCACCCAUCCAUUACGGGGGCUUUGCUCGACACCCCCAAGGUUAUCGAGCGGGCCCGCUCGCUGUUCCACACUGCAGAUGGCGAGUAUGCUGAUGUCGGAGACCGCGUGCCCGGGGAGAAUCUCAUCGCAGGAGACUUUUUGGAGAGCGUUCCCAGCUUUGAGUUCUACACUAUGAAGUGGUGCCUGCACGACUGGAAUGACAGUAAGACAGCUGCGGUUCUGCAGAAUAUCCGGCAGGCCAUCCGGAAGACCCCAGACAGCCGUCUGGUCGUAAUGGAGUCGAUUCUGGCGGAUGGACGCAGUAGUCGCCUGUCGCGCUAUGCUGACCUGACCAUGAUGGUCAGCGCCGAUGGUCAGGAGCGAACAGAGGCCCAGUGGAGGUCUCUUGCGGGCCGGACCGGGUGGGAGAUUCGACAGAUACGGCAGUUGAGGGGGGCAUGGCCGUGUGCAAUCGAGAUGAGGCCUGUAUAG